UUGACAUCGCGAAUACAACCCUAUUCAGUCUUUUGGGAGUGAAAAUGCGAAUUUAUUUACAAAAUUUGCCAAUACGAGAAAAGGGAGGCGUCGCGUAAUAAAGGAGUUAAUUAAUUUGUCAUCAAAGCGAUUAGCAUAUGUUGUAGUGGCUGCAAACUGUGAAAGUGUGUGUGUGCAAUGCCCGCGGAGCGAAAUUCGCAGAGGAAGAGCGCGGCGAUGCUUUUGUGGUCAAGAUAUGAUUUGGCUACAACUACGACGUCCAAACAACGACCAAAACAAUAAACCCCCGAUACCAGGCUAAUUUUGGCGAGUGUGCAACAAGAACAAUAACAUUAUCAACAUACAAAACGGGAGACAAUCAACAGCAACAAUAACAACACCAACAAUAAUAUCAACAACUGAACGUACAGCGCGCGCGUGUGUGCGUGACUGUGUGUGUUUGAGUUUGUGUGUGUGUGUGCCUGUGUAGAAAGUGCGCACGUCAGGCGUUGGCUGUCGUCGCAGUCGCAACCAUGUCCAGAAUUACGUUGACCACGUUAACACAUAGUGGCGGCAUCACAGGCGGCAGCAGCAGCGGCAGCAACAACAACAGCAACAACGAUACACGCACUGGGACGCUGACACACCUGAUGGAGGAGCAUCAUCAUCACCAUCACCAUCAUCAUCAGCAGACAGUUAGUGGCCGAGGGACAACAGCCAGCUCCACCGGACUGAUAUCAGACGGAGCGGAAAGACUGCGACGGCAAGGGAGUCGAUUACAAACAUCACGAUUCGCCUGCAUGAGAUGCUUUGGUAAUCUCCUGACACAUCUGGUGCGGCUGCGCAGCACGCCCGAGGAGCUGGAGCAACGCUACAAAUCCAAAGAGAUUGAUAAGUUUCUGGAGAAGGAGAAGCAUACGUUUCGACGGCAGGUUAAGUUGCUGCUCCUGGGCGCUGGCGAGUCAGGCAAAUCAACCUUCCUCAAACAGAUGCGCAUCAUACACGGCGUCAACUUCGAUCCGGAGCUGCUGCGCGAAUACCAACAUGUGAUAUACCAAAAUGUUAUAAGAGGUAUGCAAGUGCUCCUCGACGCGCGGGAAAAGUUGGAUAUUCCCUGGGGCAGCGAUGGACGGGAACAGGAUGCCAAUGACGCCAAAGCAAUGGAGUGCAAUGCAAUAGAGGCAGCCAGAUUCGUGGAAUAUGCGCCGCUCAUACGGCGCCUUUGGCAGGAUCGUGGCAUAAGGCGCGCCUACGAACGACGACGCGAAUUCCAAAUUAGCGAUUCGGUCAGCUAUUUUCUAGACGAAAUUGAGCGGCUGGCGAAACCGGAUUAUGUGCCCACACACAAAGAUAUACUGCACUGUCGCAAAGCAACCAAAGGUGUCUACGAGUUUUGUGUCAAAGUACAGAACAUUCCAUUUGUGUUUGUGGAUGUGGGCGGACAGCGCACUCAACGUCAAAAGUGGACCAGAUGCUUUGAUACCUCGGUUACAUCGAUUAUAUUUCUAGUGUCCAGCUCAGAGUUUGAUCAGGUGCUUGCCGAAGACAGAAAAACCAAUCGUCUGGAAGAGUCCAAAAACAUUUUCGAUACCAUUGUGAACAACAACACGUUCAGAGGCAUUUCAAUAAUAUUGUUUCUCAACAAGACCGAUUUGCUCGAGCAAAAAGUACGAAAUCCAGAGACUGAUAUACGCUGGUACUAUCCGCAAUUCAAUGGCAAUCCGCAUUCACUGCUGGACGUCCAGAACUUCAUGCUGCAAAUGUUCAUGAGCGUGCGCCGCAGCACCAGCACCAGCCGAAUCUAUCAUCACUUUACCACUGCCAUAGACACGCGCAACAUCAACGUGGUGUUCAAUUCGGUGAAGGACACGAUACUGCAGCGGAAUUUAAAUGCCCUGAUGCUGCAGUAGCAUCAAGGUAAGGAAGCAUAGAGGCGACGGCGACGGUCGCAAUCAUAUCACAAUCUAACGAAUCUCACGCCAGCUCUAACACACAUACCACAUACAUCCAAAA